AGUAUUGUGGGAUAAACAUUCCUUUCUCUUAAAACCGCACGGAAAACCCGGGGGAGCAUUUAUUGAUGAGUUCAUAGAUGGCAGAGGAAAUGUUAUUAGCAGAAGAUGGGAAAUGUGUGGGGUCUCUCACCAAGUCGCUGCUGGCCGCGGCUUUCCUGGCCUCGUUCGGUAGCUCCAUGCUCUAUGGCUACAACCUGGCCGUCGUCAACUCUCCUGCAGAGUACAUCAAGGCAUUCUAUAACCAGACGAUGGUAGCAAGGAACGGAAAGGCUCUGGACGACAAGAAGCUUACGUUGUUCUACUCUGUCACCGUGUCUGUGUUUGCCAUCGGGGGCAUGGUGGGCAGCCUCAUGGUGGGCAUACUAGUCACCAGAUUUGGAAGGAAAGGGACCCUGGUGAGAAUCACAUGUCUGGUGUUUAUAGCUGGAGCCUUCAUGGGCUUCAGCAGGACCUUCGGCUCUCCAGAGAUGAUCAUUGUUGGACGCUUCAUCACAGGGGUACACUCAGGUAUCUCUCUGUGUGUGGUGCCAAUGUAUCUUGGGGAGAUAGCACCUAAGAACCUGCGAGGCUUCCUGGGCCUCGUGCCUAGCAUCUUUAUCUGUCUAGGAGUCUUCAUCGCUCAGAUCCUGGGACUACAUGAACUACUGGGAAAGGAAGAGCACUGGCCCCUCUUCCUGUCUCUGGUGGUGAUCCCCACCCUGUUCCAGCUGAUGCUGUUGCCAUGGUUCCCAGAGAGCCCGCGGUACCUGCUCAUAGAGAAGAGGAAUGUCCACGCCACCAUCACAGCUCUGAAGUGGUACCGGUCCAAAGUGAACAUCCAGGCAGAGAUCGAGGAGAUGCAGGAGGAGCAGCGGUCCAUGUCCUCAGUCCAGACCGUGUCAGUCAUCGGUCUGCUGAAGGACCGGAGCGUCCGAUGGCAGGUCAUCACUAUAGUGGUGGUCAAUAUCGGCAUGCAGCUGUCCGGUAUCGACGCGAUCUGGUUCUAUACCAACGCCAUCUUUGAGAACGCAGGUAUCCCAGUCCCUCAGAUCCAGUACACCACGGUUGGAACCGGAGCCAUCGAGGUUAUCGCUGGAUGCGUAGGGUGCUUCACCAUUGAACGGCUGGGCAGAAGACUUCUGAUGAUUGGUGGAUUCACCUUCAUGGGAAUUUGCUGUGCAGGGAUCACGCUCUCCCUCAUGUUCCAGUCCCACUACAUCAGUGUUGCCUGUGUGGUGGGGAUCAUCGCUGGCUUCUGUAUAGGACCAGCUGGAGUACCCUUCCUGAUUACAGCAGAGCUGUUUAAACAGUCCCAUCGUCCGGCUGCCUACACCGUGGCUGGAUGCCUCAACUGGCUGUCCAACUUCACCAUUGGCUUUGUCUUCCCCUUCCUACAGAUGUCGGCAGGGGCCUACUGCUACCUGGUGUUCUUUGGCGUGUGCAUGGCAGUGGCGGCCUACGUCUUCUUCAUCGUCCCCGAGACCAAAAACAAGACGUUUGUGGAGAUCAGCCAGAUGUUCGCGGCCAGGAACGGCAUGCUGGAGGAGGAGAGCAGCCUCAAACUAGCCAAGAUGAACGGCUAUGGUGCCGUCGACCUGGAGUACGAAGUGAUGGAGAAGAAGAAGUAGAGAAGGGGAAAGGGAGAGAGAGAGCCAUAGAGACGUGGGUAGUCUAAAAGUGUCUCCUCUCUUCAUCUGUACUGAUCUGAAAACACCCCACUGGUCAAAGACGUCAGUUAAACAUCUAUUUUUGAUUUCCUUUUGGUUGAGUUGUCAACUAACGUGAAAUCAACAUAAAAUGUCACCAUGAUAUUGGCUUUAGGUUCAAAGUUAGUUGAAAAAAAGCCAAAAUUCCCUUUUUGAAAAUCCAAUUCGUUUCCCACGUUGAUUCAACGUCAUCACACUGAAUUGAUUUGUUGAAAUGACGUGGAAACAACGUUGAUCCAACCAGUUUUUGCCCAUUGGGGCAGAAUAGGUGAAAGCAAUGUGGUGGAAUUGGUGGACUUUGCUUUUCCCUGCCCAGUUAGUGCAGACAACGGAAAAAACAUCUAUUUCGAUUCAUUGUUCAGUAUUUCAUUUCGUUCUUCUUCUGAAUCUGUGUUCAUGGUGUACAGACACCUGUGUCAGUCUACCACCACAAACCCCCUUAUGUAAGACCUCUAGCAUAGUGUGUGAGAUGUGUGGUGGUGUUUUAUUGUUUUCUCAAUGGUGUCUAAGUUUAAUUAUGUCCAUAUCCACGUAAAUGAAAAACAUUUUGGACAGAACUCUAUCUCCAUACCGUUCCUAAAUGUAACAUUUAAUGUUACCAGUUGUACAGUAACCAACAUAGACUCUAUGUACUGUUUGGAAGUGAGCACGUCUACAACCAUUAGGUUUCACUCUCCUCUCAGUUAUAUGUGCCUCUCUUUCCGUGAAUCACGCUGAAAGUCUUCUUCUCUCAAUCCGGCUGAAAACCUUUCCUACAAUGUACAGUAUCGAGAGAAUGUAUUUAUUUAUUGACACAGAAAACGUAUCAUGAUAUGAAUGCAGUGUCUGACUUGACCAUUUUCCUGAUCACUGGUUUUGACAGAACAUGAGGUCAGUCCACAUCAUGUGAAUGGUAUAGUUUUUAGAAACACUAUCAGGUGUUAUAAUGCCUCAACAACAUAUUCAUAGCACCUUAUACGGUGCUAUGAUCCCUUAUAAGGCUUCAUAAGAAGGUGCUCCAAGUGUUACAGUGUCUUUGAUCAUGUUUACCUUGCUUAGCUGAAGAGAGAACCAUUAACUUGAGUUUGCUUGUUUAUGUUGUUUUUCUUCUCUUUUGCGUAAGAGAGUUUGUAAAUGUGGCUACUGUAGUAGUCAUUCCAUAUUCCAUAUGUAUCGUACGUUACAUCGCACAUGUUAAACAGAUAUGCACAAGAAAGUGUGUAGGAGGAUAUAUACAGUAUACACUGAGUGUACAAAGCAUUAGGAACACCUUCCUAAUAUUGAGUUGCACCCUCUAUUGCCAUCAGAACAGCCUCAAUUCAUGGGGGCAUGGACUCUACAAGGUGUCGAAAGCGUUCCACAGGGGAUGCUGGCCCAUGUCGAUCUAAUGCUUCCCACAGUCGUGUCAAGUUGUCUGGAUGUCCUUUCGGUGGUGGACUAUUGUUGAUACACACAGGAAACUGUUGAGUGUUAAAAAACCCAGCAGCAUUGCAGUUCUUGACACACUCAAACCGGUGCGCCUGGCACCAACUACCAUACUCACCUGGCACCUACCACCACCUACUACUAUUCACCAGGUCAGUCUAUGUCAUGGAAAGAGCAGGUGUCCUUAAUGUUUUGUACACUCAGUGUAUAUCGUACCUCAUACUGUACCUAGAAAAAUAGUGAAAACAUCAAAACUGUGAAAUAACACAUAUGGAAUCAUUUAGUAACCAAAAAAGUGUUAAACUGCCUUUGCCUUAAUGACAGCUUUGCACACUCUUGGCAUUCUCUCAACCAGCUUCAUGAGGUAGUCACCUGGAAUGCAUUUAAUUUAACAGGUCUGCCUUGAUAAAAGUUAAUUUGUGGAAUAUAGGUGUGUCCAAACUUUUGACUGGUACUGUAUAUAUUUAUACAGUGCCUUGCGAAAGUAUUCAACCCCCUUGGCAUUUGUCCUAUUUUGUUGCAUUACAACCUGUAAUUUAAAUCGAUUUUUAUUUGGAUUUCAUGGAAUGGACAUACACAAAAUAGUCAAAGUUGGUGUAGUGAAAUAAAAAAAAUGACUUGUUUCAAAAAUAUUUUUUUUAUAAAAGAAACGGAAAAGUGGUGUGUGCAUAUGUAUUCACUCCCUUUGCUAUGAAGCCCCUAAAUAAGAUCUGGUGCAACCAAUUACCUUCAGAAGUUACAUAAUUAAUUAAAUUAAGUUCACCUGUGUGCAAUCUAAGUGUCAUAUGAUCUGUCACAUGAUCUCAGUAUAUAUACACCUGUUCUGAAAGGCCCCAGAGUCUGCAACACCACUAAGCAAGGGGCACCACCAAGCAAGGGGCACCAUCAAGCAAGCGGCACUAUGUAGACCAAGGUGCUCUCCAAACAGGUCAGGGACAAAGUUGUGGCAAAGUACAGAUCAGGGUUGGGUGAUAAAAAAUAUCUGAAACUUUGAACAUCCCACAGAGCACCAUUAAAUUCAUUAUUAAAAAAUUGAAAGAAUAUGGCACCACAACAAACCUGCCAAGAGAGGGCCGCCCACAAAAACUCACAGACCAGGCAAGGAGGGCAUUAAUCAGAGAGGCAACAAAGAGACCAAAGAUAACCCUGAAGGAGCUGCAAAGCUCCACAGCGGAGAUUGGAGUAUCUGUCCAUAGGGCCACUUUAAGCUGUACACUCCACAGAGCUGGGCUUUACGGAAGAAUGACAAGAAAUAAGCCAUUGCUUAAAGAAAAAAAUAAGCAAACACGUUAGGUGUUCGGCAAAAGGCAUGUGGGAGACUCCCCAAACAUAUGGAAGAAGGUACUCUGGUCAGAUGAGACAAAAAUUUAGCUUUUUGGCUGUCUAGGAAAACGCUAUGUCUGGCGCAAACCCAACACCUCUCAUCACCCCGAGAACACUAUCCCCACAGUGAAGCAUGGUGGUGGCAGCAUCAUGCUGUGGGGAUGUUUUUCAUCGGCAGGGACAGGGAAACUGGUUAGAAUUGAAGGAAUGAUGGAUGGCGCUAAAUACAGGGAAAUUCUUGAGGGAAACCUGUUUCAGUCUUCCAGAGAUUUGAGAGUGGGACAGAGGUGCUCCUUCCAGCUGGACAAUGACCCUAAGCAUACUGCUCAAGCAACACUCGAGUGGUUUAAGGGGAAACAUUUACAUGUCUUGGAAUGGCAAAGCCCAGACCUCAAUCCAAUUGAGAAUCUGUGGUAUGACUUAAAGAUUGCUGUACACCAGCGGAACCCAUUCAACUUGAAAGAGCUGGAGCAGUUUUGCCUUGAAGAAUGGGCAAAAAUCACAGGGGCUAGAUGUGCCAAGCUUAUAGAGACAUACCCCAAGAAACUUGCAGCUGUAAAUGCUGCAAAAGGUGGCUCUACAAAGUAUUGACUUUGGGGGGAUGAAUAGUUAUGCACACUCAAGUUAAAUAUUUUGCAUCUUCAAAGUGGUAGGCAUGUUGUGUAAAUCAAAUCAUACACCACCCCCCCCCUCCCCAAAAUCCAUUUUAAUUCCAAGUUGUAAGGUAACAAAAUAGGAUAAAUGCCAAGGGGGUGAAUACUUUCACAAGCCACUGUACAUACUCUCCGAGUAUCAAUGUAACUGUAUAGAUUUGUUUAGAAUCAUUGUAUUCACAUUUGGAAUAUUUUAAUGUGUCUUUAACUAUUGCUGCAACGUAUAUUGUAUAUUGUAGAGGGUUGAGUAAAAAGUACUUUGUCGUUUUGUAUUCAAAUGUAUGUAAAUGAU